AUGGCCCUCAUUCAAACUCCUGCUCUUACCGAUUCUUUCAAAGCCCGAGUCAAAUCUCCCGUCCCGCCUCAGAAUCCUCCUUCAUGUCAUGAUCUAGCCGAAGCCCAUAGGCUGCUCACCAACACAGUGAAAGCGGAAGGAAUGGGCUUGCGUGUUGAACCCGAUGAUUAUGCUGCUGUUCUGCAGUAUCUCCAUCUACUCUCGUUAGAGAUAUCUGCAGAGGUCUCACCAAAACUUGACAGUGUCAUUGAGGCAAAGAUCGUGACUAGAGAUCGCGAUAUAAUCAGAGCCAUCGUGCAAGAGGAGGUCACCACAAAGUUGGACGACUUAACGAAGAAACUCGAUAAGCUCGUCGACACGUCCAGAAAUCAAGAAACUGUCUUAAUCGUAAAGCUUCGCAAUUCCUCACAACCUAAUGGCACAGAUGCUCAGUACGACGUCGUCCUGUUCCCAGAUUUGGUCGUUCCAGAGGAUCACCGCCUUCCCCCGCUUCGAUCGCGGGCGGAUAUUAAGGACUUGAGCAAUUGA